UAGUUCAUCAUACUUUAGAGUUGUGAGUUAGUGACUAUUAAUUGUCAAUAGUUAUUAGUUAAAUAAUUCUAAAUUAACUAUAAUUUUUAGUUGUAUUCGUUUGAAUUUUGAUUCUCAAGACGUAUAUCACGGAUUAAGAUUAUUUUAGUUUUUUUUCAGUUGUUAAUUGAAAAUUUGUAUUUCAUUUUCAGUCUGGGUAUAAGAAUCCUGAUUAUUUUUAAGAGGAUAGGUACUAAUUUAAUAACUGUUAUUGAAUGUACUUAAAAAAAAAGAAGCUUUCUCUUAAAAAAAUAAUUUAAAAGUCUUAGAAUUAUGUCCAAGCGAGUUACAAAUGAUCGCCCUGAUUAUUCUGAUCCUACUGAUGAUAGUGAUGGCAGUGAUUUUGAUGAAGUGAAGAAAAAAACUAUCAUGGUAGGUAGUGAUUAUCAAGCACAAAUUCCUGAUGGACUGUCCAAGUAUGGAGAUGAUCCACCAUACCAAAAUGUUGAUAAACUUCUUUGGGAUCCUCAUAACACAACUGAUGCAGUUAUUGCUGACUAUCUUCAUCAUAUUCAUCAAAUUUCUCAUGGUACAAAUAUAUUACCCAAAGGUAAGCAUGUACGAGAUGAUGAAAACGCACUAUUUUUACUUUUGCAAUGCGGAUUUAAUACUGAAGAAGCAUUACGUCGAGUUUCAUUAAAUGAUCAAAUGUUUGGCCGAAGAGCUAUGAUGGUUUGGUCAGAAGAAGAAUGCAAAAACUUUGAAAAUGGCAUUCGUUGCUUUAAUAAAAACUUUUAUCUGAUUCAACAGCAUAGAGUGACUACAAGAACAGUCGGUGAACUUGUUCAUUUUUAUUAUUUAUGGAAAAAAACAGAAAGGCAUGAUGUAUUUGCUAGUAAAGAACGUCUAGAAAAGAAAAAAUAUGCUCUUCAACCAGGCAUUACAUUUUAUGAAGACGGAGAAAACUCUGUACUAAAUCAAAAGACAAAUCAAGUUGGUAAUUGUUUAAUCUACUGUGAUCCAAAACGGUUACAACGAAUGGAAACAUCAGGUGUACACGUCACUCUAGUGGAUAACUAAAGGGUUUGUUAAAAAUUAACUCAAUGUUAAUAAAUUUAAGUAUAUAUAAGACGUUCCUCUAACUAUUAACUAUAAUUUUAUUUGUUGAUUAGGUUAUUUAAAGUGAAGAUGUACUACAUUUCUAUCAAGUAUUAUUAAUAUAUUAAUUUCCAAAUUACUAAGUAAUAUUUGAACUUUUAAAGUUAAUAUGCCAUAUUUUAUUUUGAAUAGGAUUACUGUAUUAUAGACAUCUAAGUAAAUAGCAUAUUAAAGGCAAUUUUAAGCAAAAUUAAUACCUAACAGGGUAAAUCCAACAUAGUUUAACAACUAUAAUUUAUAUUCUGAUAUUGUAUAUUAUCUAGUAAUUAUUAUUAUAAGCUAAUAGAAAACUGUUA